UGCCCAGACGUGGACAGAUAGCCGUCUUCGCUUCAACAGCACCAUGAAAAUACUGACUCUGAACAGCAACAUGGUGGGCUUGAUCUGGAUCCCAGACACAAUUUUUCGUAACUCAAAGACCGCGGAGGCUCACUGGAUCACCACCCCCAACCAGCUCCUCCGCAUAUGGAAUGAUGGCAAGAUCUUGUACACCCUCAGGCUUACCAUCAAUGCUGAGUGCCAGCUGCAGCUGCACAAUUUCCCAAUGGAUGAACACUCAUGUCCUCUGAUAUUCUCUAGCUAUGGCUACCCUAAAGAGGAAAUGAUUUACAGAUGGAGGAAAAACUCAGUGGAGGCUGCUGACCAGAAAUCUUGGAGACUUUAUCAGUUUGACUUCAUGGGUCUCAGAAAUACUUCAGAAAUUGUGAAAACCUCUGCAGGUGAUUAUGUAGUCAUGACUAUAUACUUCGACUUAAGUAGAAGAAUGGGAUACUUUACUAUUCAAACAUACAUUCCCUGUAUAUUAACAGUUGUUCUUUCCUGGGUAUCCUUUUGGAUUAAGAAAGAUGCCACUCCAGCAAGAACAGCACUAGGCAUCACCACAGUAUUGACCAUGACAACUUUGAGUACCAUUGCGAGAAAGUCAUUACCCCGUGUAUCCUAUGUCACCGCGAUGGAUUUGUUUGUGACUGUAUGCUUUCUAUUUGUCUUUGCUGCUCUGAUGGAGUAUGCAACUCUCAACUACUACUCAAGUUGCAGGAAACCAAACUGUAGUAAGAAGAAAAAGUCGCUACCAGAUGUCAGUUUUGGUCAUGUGAUGAAUUAUUCUGUACUUGAUAUGAGACCACCAACUACAGUCAUCACAUUGAACAAUGCCAUGUAUUGGCAAGAAUUUGAAGAUGCGUGUGUCUAUGAAUGCCUGGAUGGGAAAGACUGCCAGAGCUUUUUCUGUUGUUACGAAGAGUGUAAAUCAGGCUCGUGGAGGAGAGGACGGAUUCACAUAGACAUCUUAGAACUGGACUCUUACUCUAGGGUCUUUUUUCCUACAUCCUUCCUGCUGUUUAACCUGGUCUACUGGGUUGGAUACCUCUAUCUUUAAAUGUUGCCUGUAGUGGUGAAGACUGCUGUGUUUUUACACUGUGGAGGGAUGGUGAGAGUGCAGAAAAAGUGAAGGACAUGGUCAGUUUCAUCGCAAAUUAUAAAGGCCACAUUAACUUUCACCAUCACAGAACCUGAUGAAGAAUUUUAAUAUGUAAUUGCCUGAAAAAGAAAAACAUGGAAGAAUUCUCUCCUUACUGCUAUUCAUUUUAAGGAAAAGAUUCUUAUAAAAUUCAGCUGAAUUUGUAGUGUGAGCGAUGUUUAUGAAUAAUUGUUGUAUAUUAGAAUCUCUACUAUUCUCCCUUGGCAUAGAAGCUAUACACAAUUCAGGCAAAGGUUAAAUAUGUCAUUUUUGUUUUUCAUUCCCACACUUUCUUAAAAUACUGCCAUAUCCCUAAGGCUCAGAGCAACAUAUGCUGGCACUGGCAAAUAAGUCAAAGCCAACAAAAACACUCAUUUGUAUUUAAACUUGCUUGAGCUAUAUCCCAUAGGUUUUGGGAAACAUCUCAUUGGUAACCUCCUUGCUAUAGAGAAAUCACCAAAAGACAGUAAGAAAUGUCUGUGGUGAGAUCAAAACAUGGACAUUACUUUCUGCAAAGGUCUGGGAUUAAUGGAACUAGCCACUUACCUACACAUGUUAGUUUUAACUUAAGGUAAAAAGACAGAGUUAUAAGAAAGCUACUAUUUUAAUAUAAAUAAAAGACUUGCAUAUCUCUGAGGCAGCUGUAGGCAUAACUUCUACAGUUUUUCAGGCUUUUAAAUGUCUUUUUUAUGACUGGUUAAACACAGGAUGGUCAUUGAUUUCUAAAGAACUCUACUUGAAGCAGGACAAGAUUCCUGCUUGUGUCAUUGUAGCAGAUCACAGCUGAUAGGCCAUGAGUAAAAAUCACUAUAUAAUAGAACUAGGAAUAUGUGACUUUCUUCAGAUUGCAAUUUACUAAAAGUGAUCUCAUGCAUUCUCAUUGCUUCUCUCAAAUUUAUUUUACAAAUUCAAAACCCAUGUGCGCCAAGGGACAUUUUUUGUUCCUUCCAUAAAGUUAAAUAUGGCAGUCCUUACUGAUGGCAGUUGUUCCCUGGGUCUGAGCUGAAGACUGAAUACUUUACUUGAACAGUGCAUUACAGGAACUCAACUGUCACACUUGGAUUAAACAUGGAGUAGUUGCCAUAUGUAGAAAAAGUUUUAGUUUUUUUCCUAAACUGCCACUAUAUUUUACACUAAAAAGCUAUUUUGUAUUUUGCAAGCUUUUGACCAUUAAAUUCUUAAACUACCCUUUUUUUUCAAAAACUAGUUUUAGUGUUAAACUAGAUUACGUCUUUUACAGACUAUCUCAAUAAUUGUUACCAAGCAAACAAAACAGAUUCAAAACUAAAUAGCAAUAGUUUUUCACUACCCUUUGGAUGACAAAUGGUUACAAAUUAUUGAAGUUAAAACAUACCUAAAAACAAAACUCUAUUUUUUUUUCUUCAUCUGGAGGACCUGAUUAUUUUUUUAUCAUCUCAAAAAAUGUGUUUCUUUUCCACACAAUAUUUGAUAAAAGCUGAGUAAUAGACGUCAUUGAAGAGCAGUUCCUUUUCUCCUCAGAAGGAAAAUCCUGCAAACAAGC